AUGUCACAACCGGGUACAGAAAAUCCACCAUCUACCAAAAUUCACUGGAUGAAACGACUGCACAGUCUACGCGUUGAUUGCUCACUCUCCUUCACAAGUGAAGGGGCCACUUCUUCGGGAAAUGAUUCUGACGAAUCAAAGACGGUCCCGGAUCUUACAGGAAGUUGCACUGACUCUGAGUCGCCUUUUAUCGUAUCGCCUUCUGGGCCAUUUUCCAGUUCUGAGGACAUUUCACUGUCUACGUUUGAAUUUCUUGACUAUAAGGAUGAAUUUCCCUCAUCGCUGACCCCACCUUACGCAACAAGAGAUGUCGACUUCAAAAAAUACCAUGAUGAACCUCUCGAUCUGACGCCCUACAUUAAACGCACCCAGGGGUACCACCACAACAGUGGUGGAUACAGCAACGUCUGGAAGUGCAAAUUAGAUUCCUUCCAUCGAAAUGGUACUGAAAUGCCCCCACAAGACGUCGCAGUCAAGGCUUUUAAAGUGUCAUCAAGGAAGCCAGAAGACAUCAACAAAUUAAUCAAGAAACUGCGGCAGGAAGUCUUUAUUUGGCAGGCGCUAGAAUGCUCGCAUAUCCUGCCUUUGUAUGGCACCACGAAAGGUUAUGAGGAAAUCCCAGCGCUAGUUUGUCCGUGGAUGAAAAACGGCACUCUCCAUGAACAUCUAAACGAAAUGUGGGGCAAGCAAUUGCUGCCCAAAAUGCAUUGUCUCUUUCUUCUCGUCUUCGGUAUUGUGAGUGAUUUUCUUUAUCUUGGCUCCGCGACUCAUUCAGACUAUCAACAACGAUCAGUGCAUGCCAAAAAGAUUAUCCACGGGGACCUUACGGCCUAUAAUGUUUUGAUUGAUGAGAACGGACAUGCUGUCCUUGCGGACUUCGGCCUGUCGCUACUGCUGGCAAAGCAUGAGACAUCUUUCUUCAAUUCUCACAGCUCAGGUAUCAAGCCAAAUAAAGCAAGUGACAUCUAUUCAUUUGGGUGCAUCAUGAUGCAGGUGCUAUCUAACAACUUACCGUACUUCGGAAUCAGAGAGGAGGCAGUUAUUAUAGCUAAAUCAAAACACACUCCGCCGAAACGACCCACGCUGCAUCCAAUCGAUGACGUCUACUGGCGCUAUCUCGAAAGAUGCUGGUCGCCACGCGUCGAAAGGCGACCUUUGGUUGACGACGUUCUGGACUACAUAAAGGCAGAGUAUGACAAACAAAAGUUAGCUUCUUAAGCUGUCCGCUCCUGCCAGUAAUGCGAACGAGUUGACCUCGGACGCCAUGCUUUCUUGUUCUUCCAGUGCAGCAUAAUGUUGUACUCAUCUCAUGUGUUUUCCCAUCAUGUUACGAUACUUGCCUCAGUUGCCUGUAGUACUACUCGCAGCGACAUAAUAUUAU